AUGAUUGAGCUUUUAUCUAAUGAAGAUUUGGAUACAGAUGAAGCUCAAGAGAUAAUUAAUAAGAUUAACAAAUCUAAGGCAUUUUUAGAAGAUUUAAAAGAAAAAUGUAUGAAAGAUUUGAAAAAUCUACAAAGUCAACAACAACGAUUGGCAAAGAAAGAAAAAGUUAAUACUGAAUUGAAGGUUGAAGAUAACAAUAAAAACAAAUUAAACAACAAAACUGUCGAGAAUAAAGAUACAAUGGCUAAAAGUAAUUCCAUUGAUGAUUUAUCAGAUAUUGAAGAUGUUGUAAAUCUAAUGUCACUAAGAGAUGACAGAGGAGAUUAUUAUGAAUUUAUCACCAACAAUGGUGAAAGUCAUAAAUUUUAUUACGAAAAUAAAUCAGCAAAACUUGAUUUUGGAUUGAACGAAAUUAAAGACUUUCCUAAUUGGAUUAAUAUGGUCAAAAGAUUUCCAAAGAAAUGGAACUUUGAUAACAUCACUAAAUGUAAUUCAGCUGAUGAUAUUCCAUUAGUAGAACAUAAAAUCAAUACCAUGAUUAUUCAAGAAUCUUUAGGAAAUGCCUUUAACAGAUGGAAAAACAAUGAUAUGAUUACUGCGUUUGAAAUGUUACAAGAAUUAAAGGAAGCUUGUAUUGAUAAUUAUCCUAGAGAAGUUAAAGACAAAAUGUGGAAAAGAAUUCACAUUGAUAAAUUCUGCUCAGAUACAAAUGAGUUGAAAAAAAGUACCGUGAAGAAAGUGGAAAGAUACUCAACCACAAAUGAGUGCAUUGACAAUAAUAUUAAAUCUACUCUGGAUAAUCAACUAGAUAUGAUGGUUGAUAUUAAAUUAGCUAGUUUAAAUAUUGAUGACAAAGAAAAUAUGUCACCAACAGGAUAUAUUGAGCAUAUUGUUGCUACCAUAAAGAGUAUCAAAAAAAAAAUGGCAUACUUCCAGGAUAGACUAGGCAACGUAAUCAAUGAAAUUCAUAUUUGCAUUUUGCCAAAAACUGUCCAAAUACUCUUAAGCAAUAUGAACAAUAAUAGGGAAAAUAAUGAAGAAUAUAAAGGUAAACUGCCCAUAAAAUAUCAAAAAUCUCAUAAUAAAUGUGCACAGGCGAAUAAGAGAACGGUACAACAAAUCAAUUUGUAA